AUGGGGCUAUUCUUUAUUCUGACCUUUUCUCUGGUGUUUGCCACAGCUCUAGGAGAUAGAGGCCGAAAUGUUGUCUACUGGGGUCAGAAUGCAAAUGAUACCAGACUCUCUAUGUAUUGUACCGCGCGAGCUGGUAUCGAUAUGGUUGUCCUUUCCUUCCUAUCUGUAUUUGGCAAUGGACAGACCAUUGCAUCAGGCAGCUUUGGUCCAUGCUCUAUCUCUUCAUUCAGUGAGCCUCAAGGCUGUGAGGAGCUUGCACUAGACAUUCAGACUUGCCAAAACAACAAUAUUCCGGUUAUAAUCUCAGUUGGUGGAGGAGGUGGUUCCUAUUCACUACAAUCUCAACCCGAGGCGCAGCUGAUCGGCCAGAACCUUUGGGAAGCGUAUGGGAAUACUACCGGAACGGGAACCGUGCCUAGACCGUUCGGGAACACAUCCGUCAAUGGAUGGGAUUUUGAUAUCGAAAACGCGAUCGGAAGCCAGUAUUACCCAUUCAUGAUUUCCAUGUUGCGUUCAUACUUUAUCGCAGACCCGGAUAAUACUUACUACAUCACGGGGGCACCUCAGUGUCCUAUACCUGAACCCAGCAUGCAGACGAUCAUUGGAAACUCCACGUUCGACUAUCUUUGGGUGCAAUUCUGCAACAAUCCAACCUGUCCCCACCCGAGUCAGCUGAGUUAUGACUCAUGGGUUAACCUGAUCAAAGAUACACCAUCUGCUGGUGCCAAAAUCUUUCUCGGACUGCCUGCAUCCCCUCUGGCUGCGAAUGGGUAUCCAACGGGUUCCCAAUACUACUUGGACCCAAUAUCCCUCGCUUCUGUUCUAAGGACUUAUCAGAAUGACCCUGCAUGGGGUGGAGUGAUGCUCUGGGAUGCUGGUCUCUCCACCAAUAACACGAACAAUAAUUGCACCUAUGCGCAAGAGGUGCAGAGCAUCUUGAAGACUGGCGUACCGUGUACUAGUACAGAAAACGCAUAG